UCCGAAUCGUUCUAUCACUCCUCUUCGGAAAAAAAGAAGAAGAAAGAAGAAACAAUUCCCAGAAGAAAGAAGAGAAGAUGUCGUGGCAAAUAUACGUCGACGAUCAUCUGAUGUGUGACAUCGACGGUAAUCAUCUCACGGCCGCAGCGAUCAUCGGCCACGAUGGAAGCGUCUGGGCUCAAAGCGCCGCCUUCCCUCAGUUUAAGCCCGAAGAGAUCACCGGUAUUAUGAAUGACUUCAAUGAACCGGGGUUCCUUGCCCCCACUGGCUUAUUCCUUGGGGCUACGAAGUACAUGGUAAUCCAAGGAGAGGCUGGAUCUGUGAUCCGUGGAAAGAAGGGUUCCGGCGGCAUCACUAUAAAGAAGACCAGCCAAGCUCUAAUUUUUGGGAUCUACGAGGAGCCCUUGACUCCUGGCCAGUGUAACAUGAUUGUUGAGAGGAUGGGUGAUUACCUCAUUGACCAGGGCCUGUAGAGAGCUCUUCAGAUUCCACACUAUUUCAUUUCUUUUCUUGAUUCGU